CCUCUCCCUUCCUUCCUUCAACCUCCUCGCACUCUCUCUCUCUAGACAAAACAAAACCAAAGCUAUCUUCUUCUCUCUCUCUCUCUCUCUCUCUCUCUUGUCUCGACGACCAUAUGUUCAAAACUUUGUUCUGUCUCUUCGUAAUAAAUCUUUCUUAAUUUUCUUUUCUGAUUUUUUUUUUUCGUUAGCGACGCAACGGUUAAUGUCUUCGUUAUAUGGCUACUACUCUCAUCUGUAGAUGAUCAGAAUCCUCAUUCGAUAAUGAGACUCUAUCUCCGUUUCGCCCUCUUCAUCGUCCUCUACGUGUUAACCGCGAAUCCGAAACUAAUCGCGUCGUGGGAUGACGAGACUCCGAUUAGAUUCGACGUAGACCACAAUCCUCCCACACCUUCUCCGUCGCCUGCGCCGGAGCCAUCGCCUAAACCGGACGACGACGAAUCCUCCGUUUCGUGCGUCGACGACCUGCACGGCGUCGGCUCGCUGGACACCACGUGCAAACUCGUAGCCGAUUUAAAUCUCACGCGUGACCGUUACAUCUCCGGCAGAGGCAACCUCGACGUCUUGCCCGGCGUCAGAUUGGUCUGCAGUGUCCCCGGGUGCUCGUUGACGGUCAACAUCUCCGGGAACUUCUCGUUGGCCGAGAACUCGACGGUCAUCGCCGGUAGUUUCCGUCUCGCGGCGGAUAACGCCGAUUUCGCCGUCGGCUCGGCGGUGGACACCACCGGGUUGGGCGGGGAGCCGCCGUCCGGGGCCAGCGGGACGCCGGAGGGAGUUGAAGGAGCCGGCGGAGGGUACGGUGGGAGAGGGGCUUGCUGUUUGUCCGAUACGACGGGGAAGCUUCCCGGGGACGUGUGGGGUGGGGAUGUGUACGGUUGGUCGUCUCUCGAGAAGCCGGAGGUUUAUGGUAGUAGAGGUGGGUCCACGAGCAAUGAGGUUGACUACGGUGGAGGUGGCGGCGGGACGGUGGGGAUGGAGGUUUUAGGGCGUGUGGGGCUAAACGGCAGCGUUUUGGCUGAUGGGGCAAGUGGUGGAGUCAAAGGUGGUGGUGGGUCCGGCGGCAGCAUCUUCGUCAUGGCACAUAAAAUGGAAGGAAAUGGUCUUAUAAGUGCAUCUGGAGGUGAUGGUUAUGCUGGUGGAGGUGGUGGACGAGUGUCUGUUCAUAUAUACAGCCGCCACUCUGAACCUAAAAUCUUUAUCCAUGGAGGUAGUAGUUUUGGUUGUCAAGAAAAUGCUGGAGCUUCUGGGACAUUGUAUGAUGUUGUUUCAGAGAGCUUAACUAUAGACAACGAGAAUAAGACAACAUUUACAGACACUCUUCUCUUGGAGUUCCCUUACCAUCGCCUUUUCACUAAUUUAUAUAUCCAAAAUAUGGCCAAAGUUGCUGUUCCUUUGCGUUGGAGCCGUGUCCAGGUUCAAGGAUCAAUAAGUUUGUCAAAUGGUGGAGAGUUGAACUUUGGCCUUGCUCGUUAUGCUUCUUCAGAAUUUGAAUUAUUCGCAGAGGAAGUCUUGAUGAGCAAUUCUGCUAUCAAGGUGUUUGGGGCUUUGCGUAUGACAGUGAAGGUGUUCUUGAUGUUGAAGUCAAGAAUGUUUAUUGAUGGUGGUGGAGUGACAAUGUUGGGGACUUCAAUGCUCGAUAUUAGUAAUCUGUUAGUGCUCAAGGAGUCAUCAGUGAUACAAUCCAAUGGAAACCUCGGAGUACAUGGGCAGGGUCUGUUACAUCUAAGAGGCGCCGGAGAUACAAUAGAAGCACAGCGUCUGAUUUUGUCUCUUUUUUAUAGCAUCAAGGUUGGAGCUGGAGCGGUUUUGCGUGGUCCUUUGCAGAAUACAUCAACUGGUGGCCUCACUCCAAAGCUUUACUGUCAACGUGAAGAUUGUCCUGUUGAACUACUCCACCCGCCGGAGGAUUGCAAUGUCAAUUCAUCUCUUCCAUUCACUCUUCAGAUCUGCCGAGUUGAGGAUAUUACUGUUGAAGGUCUAAUCAAAGGAUCUGUUAUACAUUUCCAUCUUGCUAGAACCGUCCUUGUCCGCUCUUCUGGAACAAUAACUGGAGAUGGGAUGGGCUGCAAAGGUGGAGUUGGGACAGGUAGGUUUCUGAGAAGCGGUAUUGGGAGUGGUGGUGGACAUGGUGGUAAAGGUGGAAGCGGUUGUUACAAUCAUACUUGCAUUGAGGGUGGCGAUUCUUAUGGAAAUCCAGAUCUACCGUGUGAACUUGGUAGUGGAAGUGGAGAUGAAGAGUCAUCAGAUUCAGUUGCUGGUGGAGGAAUCAUUGUGAUUGGUUCACUUGAGCACCCACUCUCAAGCUUGUCACUCGAGGGAUCAAUAACAACUGAUGGUGAGACUCCCAGGAAGACGCUCAAAACCAUAAGUAAUACAAGUCUAGGGCCUGGUGGUGGUUCAGGUGGAACAGUGCUUUUGUUCUUGCGCACACUUGACAUAGCGAAGUCAGCUAUUCUCUCUAGCAUUGGAGGAAACGGUAGUCUAAAGGGAGGUGGUGGGGGAAGUGGUGGAAGGAUUCAUUUUCACUGGUCAGAUAUUCCAACUGGUGAUGUUUAUCAUCACAUUGCCAACGUCAAAGGAAGAGUUUAUGUAAGAGGAGGUUUGGGUGCAAGUGAAGAUAACGUUGGAGAGGCAGGUACUUUGACUGGUAAAGCUUGUCCAGAAGGUCUCUAUGGUCUAUACUGCGAGGAAUGUCCGGUUGGAACUUAUAAGAAUGUUACUGGAUCUGAUAAAGCUCUGUGUAACCUUUGUCCACCUAGAGAUCUUCCUCAUCGUGCUGUAUAUGUCACUGUUCGAGGUGGUGUUGCAGAAGCUCCUUGUCCAUAUCAAUGCGUUUCGGAUAGAUACCACAUGCCACAUUGUUAUACUACACUUGAAGAGUUGAUAUACACGUUUGGUGGACCCUGGUUGUUCGGCAUUCUUUUAGUAGUCGUGCUCCUUCUACUAGCACUUGUCUUUAGCGUUGCUCGGAUGAAAUUUAUAAGUGGCGAGGAGGUACACGGAGCUGCUACAACUCAUCAUGGCUCUCAGAUUGAUCACUCAUUCCCAUUCCUUGAGUCAUUGAACGAGGUGAUGGAGACAAGCAGGGUGGAGGAGUCACAGGGACACAUGCAUAGGAUAUAUUUCUUAGGUCCUAAUACAUUUAGUGAACCUUGGCAUCUUUCUCAUACUCCUCCAGAUGAAAUAAAAGAGAUUGUGUACGAGGCUGCGUUUAAUGGAUUUGUUGAUGAGAUCAAUGCUAUAGCCGCAUACCAGUGGUGGGAGGGUGCGAUAUACAUAGUGCUUUCAGUUCUUGUCUAUCCUCUUGCGUGGUCGUGGCAGCAAUCACGUAGGAGGCUGAAGUUUCAGAAACUACGUGACUUUGUUCGAUCCGAAUAUGACCAUUCUUGUCUACGCUCAUGUCGUUCGAGGGCAUUAUAUGAAGGGCUAAAGGUAGCUGCUACUCCUGAUUUGAUGCUAGCUCAUCUAGAUUUCUUCCUUGGUGGGGAUGAAAAGAGAAACGAUCUUCCUCCUCCGGUUCAUGAAAGAUUCCCAAUGCCUUUAGUUUUUGGAGGCGAUGGAAGUUACAUGGCUUAUUACACACUCCAAAGCGACGAUAUCCUGACUAGUCUUUUGAGCCAGUUGGUUCCACCAACAACUUGGUACCGGUUUGUAGCUGGUCUGAACGCUCAGCUGCGCCUGGUUCAGCAAGGGAAACUGAGGUCAACGUUUCGCUCGGUUAUGAGAUGGAUUGAGACUCACGGAAACCCUGCCUUGAAAAGAAAUGGUGUGCGUGUUGACCUAGCUAGGUUUCAGACCUCUCCUUCCUCGUCUUGCCAGUAUGGAAUCCUUGUUCAGACCAUUGUAGAUGAUGAAGUGGCAUCAAAUGAAACAGAACAGCAGCAGCAGCAUCCAUGGGGGUUACAAAUUGAUAACACGUCUAGUGAUUUGCAUUUCACACAAUCUCCAAGCAGCUCAAUCAAUCACUUCAGACACCGAGACUGCGGAGAAAUCAUAGACAUUGGCAGCUUACAGUUUCUCAACGAAGAAAAAGAUGUCCUCUCUCUCUUAUCCUUCUUGCUUCAUAACACAAAGCCUGUUGGCCAUCAGGACCUGGUUGGUUUGGUUAUCUCGGUGCUACUCCUAGGAGAUCUAACUCUAAUGUUACUCACGCUGCUCCAACUCUACUCCAUAUCUAUGCUGGACGUUUUUCUCGCUCUGUUUAUUUUACCUCUCAGCAUCAUUUUCCCGUUCCCUGCUGGAGUCAGCGCUUUGUUUAGCCACGGACCAAGACGCUCUGCUGGACGCACUCGCGUCUAUGCUUUGUGGAACCUCACAUCUUUGGUCAAUGUCGUUGUUGCGUUUGUGUGUGGAUAUAUUCACUAUCAUGGCACAUCAGCUGGAAAAAAGAUUCCAUAUCUCCAGCCUUGGAACAUUAGCAUGGACGAGAACGAAUGGUGGAUAUUCCCGGGCGCUUUGUUCUUGUGCAAAGUGUUGCAAUCCCAACUAGUAAACUGGCACGUUGCGAAUCUCGAGAUACAAGAUUACUCCUUGUACAGUGAUGACUCUGAGCUGUUCUGGCAGUCGUAAGACAGGAAACCAAAACCAUAAUUUAAUACAAAACACAGGUGAAGGGAGCUGGUAUUUUUUUUUAUAAAAGGCGUCUUCUGGUGGUGCAACAAGCUGAUUCAAAGAUAUUUCAGGUGAAUAUAGCUCUAACUCUUUAGGAAAAGUAGUAAAAGGAAUGAAUAAUCCUGAAAAAUCGUGAGAACAUAAAGCACAUGCUUGUAUUUGAUUCCCACACCAAGAUCCAUCUUGUCUUUUACUUUGAUGGAUUUUAUCAGAUGAUCCGGACCGGGAUGUUCGUUUUGCUGUUUCUAAUGAUGUCUAUUUUUACUACAAAGAUUGUCUUGAUACUCUCUUGCUGUCUUUUUUCUGAAUGAAUGGUAUCUAAGUAUUGGCUGCCAAGUUGAGUACCAUAGGGUGUGAUUGGUAGUGGCUGUGAGUGUUCUCCACAGCCCCAUUUAUUUCUAAAGCACCAAAAUCAAAGCAAUUAUACUUUAAUUUAUUUUUUUGGUAGUGGCUGUGAGUGUUCUCCACAGCCCUAUUUAUUUCUAAAGCACCAAAAUCAAAGCAAUCAUGUUUUAAUUUAUUUUUUAAAACUACAGUUCUUGAAAUAACCUAUAGCUGUAGACGUGCUCUGCAGAGCCAAAUAUCCAAAGCAAUAUUUUAGUGCUUUCAUAAAAUUCUAUAUCAACAAAAUCUAAAGCUAAAGCAAAAAGUCUACAGAUUAUUUUCUACAGCAAUAAUUUCGAAUCUACAGCUGUUACCAAUUGGACCCAUAAUUAUAUAUAUGACUUAAAUAUAUCAUAAUAUGUAAACA